UCGUGGUUUUUCGUAUAAAAUGGGUCGUACAAGUCAUCGAAACUGUGUAAUUUGUGGCAAACAAGAGAGUCAACCCGAACGAAUGGUUGGUUCUAAGUUUUUUGCCUCAUUUCCACUGGAUGAAAUCCGCUGCAAGGAGUGGCUUAGAGCUGUUGGCAUUGAAGAUUUGGCAUAUAUGCCUAUUGAAAAACUUAAUGAACGACGCCAUAUCUGCGGAGAUCACUUUGGAAAAAGUCAUUUUAAUAAGAAAAUGAAUCGUUUGAAGAAAGUUGCUGUACCUAAGCUGCAAUUAUCCUCACCUCCACUGACUGACAAACAACUUCAACAUUUUCCUCUGCAUACUGCUGCAAAGAACAAAACAGUGCCUAUACCUGAUGCACCAAUGGCUUCCACAAGUAAAGAACAUCACGUUGCUGACCCUGUCCUGAUACCUGACAGGUUAAUGCCUUCCGCAAGUAAAGCACCCUUGAUUGCUGACCCUAAAUUGGCGUGUUCAGUCAGGUACAAACCUGACGCCUCAUUACCUUCCACAAGUAAGGAGCACCUGGUUGCUGAUGUUGUCUUAAUGCCUGAUACAUCAAUGCCUUCCACAAGUCGAGCAUCUCUGAUUGCUGACCCUAAACUUGACGACGCCAUGGUUUCGGAGCCGAUGUGCGAGCAAAGCGAUGACGACGUCCUUCUGUACGAACCCAUGUCACAGGAAGUUGAGGAUACACAAAUUAAACAUACAGAAGAAACAAGCAGCGGAUUAGCGGAAGAGCUAAAAUGCAACUUGUGCGAACAAACUAUAAGAGGUCCGUUCCGCUACUCGUGCGUGCAAUGCUACGACUUCGACCUGUGCGGCGCGUGCGAGGCACGAGGUGCCCAUCAGAUGCACUACGUGCUCAGAGCGCCAGGACAUAAGAACAUUAGCGAGGUGCAAUCAUUGAUUCGAGUGAUCCGCCAGGCGUUGACCGCAGAUAUGACUGUACCAGCCUCACAGUAUUCUGAUGAACUAAAAAUGGAGAUUAAAGAAGAGGCAGUGGAGAGAUCGGAGCCCUUCCCCGAUGACAAUGACCCUCUCUCAUGGGACGUUCAACUGGAGACAAAGGACGAUUCCACUGAGACAGACACUACGGUAUCUGCCGAUGAAGAAGAAUCUCAUCCAAAGAGACGUACGUCAUCUUCGAAGAAAAAUACAAAGCCUAUAGUGAAAACAUUUGCGUCUACAAGCAAACCUAUACAAAGUGUAGCAGUCAGUAACAAUAAUUCACCUAUACGUCAAGACAUACCCUCAAAAAUACUAGAAACAAAUCUAGCAAUCUCUAUACAGACACCAGAAAUACUAAAAACAAAUGCGGCAGUGCAUGUACAGACACUAGAAAAUAAUACGAUGCGCCAACCAACAGUCGGCAAUUUAUUGUAGCUUCAAACAUAACUACAGAUAGGAUAAACAUUCAAACUUCCACUAUCAAAACGCAACAUUCCCCAAAUAGUAGUCAAAUAAAUAUUUCUGAUAAAACAUUUCAGUAGAAGGACUGGUGGCUUUCCAACCAGACAGUAGUUUCACUCCAUUUUUCCACUUCCAUUUUGUUGGCGAAUCAUAAAGUGUGUGACAAAACUAAGUAAUAUGUUAUUUAAUGUAUUAAGUUUAUCUCCGCACUACAGUAUCUCUAACCAUGAGUGUAAAUUAUGAUAGUUAUUGCUAGUGACCGCAUAAAAUGUUUGUAUACAAAAUGUAGUUUCUUCAUGUGACCGUUACGAGGCGCUGACACUACACGUACAUAGCUAUUUUUUAAUAAAAAAAAGUGUGUUAAUUGUAAGAU